CUGGCAAACAUGGCCUGGUAGGGUCGGUCUACAAAUUUGUCAGCCUGCGUCACGAGGACUUCCUUCACCAUCUUCCAUCCACACACAAACAGCGUCUUCUCUUCUCCCACACUGAUGCAGAACACGUUCCCAUGGACGCUUCGGAGAAUGUCAAAACCAAUCGCUUGACGCCAGGAAGCUGUGACACUUUUCGUGCUGAGCGGCCAUGACCCUCUGGAGAUGCUUCAUCGCGUUUCUCCUCAGCACAAGUGGGCCACUUUUUGCCGGUUGCCAGGAGUUUGAUGACAGCCUGGGCUACCUCAGCGUAGAACCGCCUUCGCCCUUUUUGCUAGGCUCGGAUCUCCUGGUGUCCUGCCACAUCAACAAGUGUGAAUGGAGGUCCGAAGUGUCUUUGGUGAUGAAGCCGUGGCCCGAGAUUCCAUGGGAGAGGCACGACUGCAGUCGGGUCGUGACGUUCAAGCUGCCCGACGUCCGACGGCCUCGCUUCCACCUGUACUGCAGGCUGCACAAAGACGGCUCGGUCAACAUUGUCGGAGGGUUGACCUUGAAGGGAGGAUGGCCCCCAGAUAAGCCGGAGAACAUCACCUGCGAGACCACCUCGACCUCCCCAUGGGUGGAGUGCCAGUGGCGGGCGGGGCGGAACACUCACGUGCCCACUUCCUACAGGGUGUCACUCAGCAGUGGAAACAGCACCUGGAAUUGGUCUUCGGAGGCGGACAAGGUGGUGCUACCGAAAACCGAGAUGAAUGUGAACCAGCGGUACCGAUUUGUGGUCAGCGCCGACAACCGCUUCGGUCGCUCGCGCUCGGAUCCGUUCACGCUGGAGCCCACACGCAUACUGGUACCCCAAAGCCCUCGCAUCACACACAUCCACUUUGGGAACUCCUCCGCAAUGGAGGCCGUGUUGCACUGGAAGACAGCCGAAAACUCGUCACAGCUCACAGCUUCCGUCAGGCUCCGUCCCGCCAGCUCUUCUCCCUGGGAGGCAAGAGAGGUGACCCGGCUCAGCCAGGAUGAGGUACGAGUGGAUGAUCUGCAGCCCCUGGCGGACUACCGUUUCCAGAUCAGGACGUGUAGCACGGCAACCAGAAAAUGCAGCAAAUGGAGUCAAGAGGUGGUGAGCAGAAGUCCUGGAAAAGGUCCUUCUCAGCCUCUGCAUGCGUGGCGGAUAUUGAGUAAUCGCAAAAGCAGCUCGAUGCAGAAUGUCACCGUUUUGUGGAAGGCUCCUCCUCCAAAGACGUUCAGUGGACAAGUGGAGUACUACAAGGUGGACGAGGGCCGGGGUUCACGGCAAGUAGUCUGUGCCACGUCCCUGUGCCGGUUUUCCCUUCAAGUCCCGUCCGAUCUUGAGGCGCUUGCCGUUAGCGUGGUCGCUACUUAUGGGACGUCGCCGCCGGCCAGCGUACCCCUCACAUUCUCAGGUGACCCUGAGCCUGCUUUGAGACUCACUGAUCCAGUGGCUAACGGCAGUGCUAUCCUAGUCUCCUGGGACUGGGUAAGACCAAGAGCACCAGGAAGUGACGAGCUUUACUACAUUGUGGAAUGGACAAGCGUGCCUGGAGGGAAAAGUGAGCUCGGCUGGAUACAAGUGUCCCUGGAUCGAAACAAUGCAAGCAUCCAAGGCCUGUCUGUGGGCGUGAGGUACAACAUUUCAGUCUACGUCGUAAGCAGAGGAGGAGUCAGCACGCCGUCAUCCAUCUUGGCCUACUCAGGACAGCUCAAACCAGAUGCCGGUCCCAGUGUGUCGGUGCUGGAACACAACGCCACACACCUCCUGGUCCAGUGGGAGAACCCUCCGGUGGAGCUGCAGAGGGGCUUCAUCAACAACUACACCGUCUAUCUACGGACCCUACGCAUGCAUAGCCAAGAAAUUCCAGUGGCGGUGGCUGCAACACAUCACAGGAAGACAUGGCUGAAGUGUCCCGAGGGUGCGGUGGCCGUCCAGAUGUCUGCUUCCACCGCCGCCGGAGAGGGCCGGCGCGGGAACCUCAUCUAUUCUCGACCCACGGAACCUGCAGCUGGACUUACCAUGGUGGUGGUCCCCGUGUUGGCUGUGGUGGCUGUCACUGUACAACUGGCGUGCUGGAGCUGUUUCAGGCAGAGGAUCAAAGCAAGAGUUGCAUUGUUUGGUCCUGACUGGUUGGUGGAGGGACUUCCCAAGCCAGGAAAUAGCCAAGCCAUCAAAUUACUGCUGGAUGCCGGCAGCGAGCCAUCCUUCUCAUACACCGACAGCGACCCACCGCUGUCCCCGAUCAGUUUCGUCUCCGGAAAAGACUUGUACCCCCUCGUCCCCUCCGUCCGGCAUCCCACUAAAUCCGAGAGCAGUUUUCUGGAGACGAUUGUCCUGGCAACGCUGAACAACGGUUACAAACCUCAGCUGACCGUGGACACACAAGGAGACCAGUCGGACCAGACGGCCCCCACGGGGGAUGACUCGGGUUCUGGCGGCUUUGGACCGACCCUGGGGAACUUACUCUCCGGCUUGGAGUUGGACUCCUCCAGCUGGCCCAACAUGAUGGGAUUAGAGUGCACCAGAGGUAACUUGAGUGACCCCGAAGAUCGCCCCCCAGUGGUGGAUUUACAAAGUGCAACUGCGGUGGAGGUCUCGCUGACUGGUGGGUACAUCCCACAAAUUUGCAUUCCCAGCAGCGGGCAGGAGGUAGAAUGACCAUGUUUGUUCAUUCUGCAUUGCUUUGGACAAUAUUGUGCAUCAGUAUGGUACCCCAAUUCAAAUCUGAAAUCUGGGAGUGUCAAAUCUUCUUGAAAAAAAAACCUGAUUGUUCGCCUAAAAUUA